AAUGGGGACCACCAUUUGUUAAUGCUGCCAGAAGAAGCUGUUCCAAACAGAUUUAUUCCUGUGUUCCUUUAAAGCAAGAGCAGGCUCUGAGUCCUCCUGCCAGACGGGCUGGGGUAGAUGUCCAGAGAGAUAGGAUCGGUCCCAUGGGAGGAUGCAACGGAGGAUGCAGUGGAGGAUGCAGUGGACGGCAGCAGCCUGGACACUGGCCUUGUGAACGGGCAUUUCAUUGUUCCAUUAAACUGUUGAUUGUGGAUCUCUGUAUGGAAUCUUAACUGCUCGGGUCUGUAUGAGCAAAGUAAGAAAGAGAGACUCUUCAUUCUUUAGUUAUGAAAGACUGAACCCAAGUUCUCAAGGAAAUCUCUAAUACCUAAAUGUUCGUGAGACUGUUACUCACAGAUAGGCAUAAAUGCGCUAUUAAGCGGUAGAAAAAAAAUUUUGGCCCUCCUGAGAAUUUAUUGUACUGCCUUUGAUGUCACUAAUUAACUCACUCUUGUGUAAGCUGCGACUAGCAACUAAUAGCGGGCUAAUAGAAGCUUCGUGACAUUUUAGAAUUCUUAAUUCAAGGAAGGGUCUUCGCAGGCUCCUGGAAAACGAGGAAGAUCUCCUCCUCUCUUUUACAGGAGAGCCUGCAGGGGCCCUCGGGGGCCUGUCGCAUCUGUGCUUUGUCUUCCCUGGUUCACAGGCAGCUUUUGGCUAGUGCUUUCUUUCUGGAACUUUGAAAGUUGGUUAGGACGGUGCUUUGCGCUUGGACUUAAAUGCCCUGGCGUGUUGGGUCAUGUUCCGCCAAAUCCCAGUGGCUCUUUGCUGUCUGUGGCCUUAAUGCCCAGAAGCAUCCUCCCAGGGGCCUGCAGGGUUGUAGACCUCUGACUUGUGAGGGUUCAAGAGGCAGAAGGAAAGUGAGCGGAAACUUUCUAGGCCACAGGGCAUGCCUGGUUAGGCUUCAGACAAGCUGAUAGUGUUCUCAGCUCCUGAUUCCCCAGAUUGGCAUGGAGUCCUCAUUGUAUUAUCUUUAAAAAAAAAAAAAGGCAGGAGGCUGCUUGCUCUUCAUCCAUCAGAGCUCUCCGCUGCAGUGCGGGUAACAGCAUUUCGGCUUUUCCGUUUUUGUUUAUCUGAAUUCUCAUCGUGCUUUCUCUACCUACUCUCUUCUAUCCCAGGAACCUCUUUUGAAGUUGAAUGGAGCUCUGUAUGCUGACAACUGGGGAGUGAGAGGAUGAAAGUCCUGGACAGACCUAUCACAGAGAGAGAAGAAACGCAGUCACUAUGCAGCCACAGAAUGUCCAGGGGCUUGGCAAGAUCAGUGAGGAGCCUUCAACGUCUAGUGACGAGAGGGCCUCGCUGAUCAAGAAGGAGAUCCAUGGGUCCCUGCCUCACCUGGCCGAGCCCUCCGUACCCUACCGGGGGGCCGUGUUUGCCAUGGACCCCAGGAACGGUUACAUGGAGCCCCACUACCAUCCUCCUCAUCUUUUUCCUGCAUUCCAUCCUCCUGUACCCAUUGAUGCGAGACAUCAUGAGGGGCGUUACCAUUACGAUCCGUCUCCGAUUCCUCCGUUGCAUAUGCCUUCUGCCUUAUCUAGUAGCCCAACGUAUUCGGACCUGCCCUUCAUUAGGAUCUCCCCGCACCGGAACCCCGCCGCAGCGUCGGAGUCCCCCUUCAGCCCUCCACAUUCCUACAUCAACCCCUACAUGGACUACAUCCGGUCCCUGCACAGCCCGUCCCUGUCCAUGAUCUCGGCAGCCCGGGGGCUGAGCCCCACAGAUGCCCCGCACGCUGGAGUCAGCCCAGCGGAAUACUACCAUCAGAUGGCUCUCUUAGCCGGCCAGCGCAGCCCCUAUGCAGACAUCAUUCCCUCAGCUGCCACCGCCGGCGCUGGGGCCAUCCACAUGGAAUAUCUUCAUGCCAUGGAUAGCACCCGAUUCCCCAGCCCCCGGCUGUCAGCCAGGCCGAGCCGGAAACGUACACUGUCCAUCUCACCGCUGUCCGAUCACAGCUUUGACCUUCAGACCAUGAUAAGGACGUCUCCCAACUCCUUGGUCACAAUUCUCAAUAAUUCCCGCAGUAGCUCUUCAGCAAGUGGCUCCUACGGUCACUUAUCUGCAAGUGCAAUCAGCCCCGCCCUGAGUUUCACCUACCCAUCCGCGCCCGUGUCGCUCCACAUGCAUCAGCAGAUCCUAAGCCGACAGCAGAGCUUAGGCUCGGCCUUCGGACACAGCCCUCCGCUCAUCCACCCUGCCCCAACCUUUCCAACGCAGAGGCCUAUUCCCGGGAUCCCUGCCGUUCUGAAUCCCGUCCAGGUCAGCUCUGGCCCUUCGGAGUCCUCACAGCAGAACAAGCCCACGAGUGAGUCCGCAGUCAGCAGCACAGGCGACCUGAUGCACAACAAGAGGUCCAAGAUCAAACCAGACGAAGACCUCCCCAGCCCGGGGCCGCGGGCUCAGCAGGAACAGCCAGAAGGAACAACCCUGGUGAAGGAGGAAGGGGACAAAGAUGAAAGCAAACAGGAGCCUGAAGUCAUCUAUGAGACAAACUGCCACUGGGAAGGCUGCUCUCGCGAGUUUGACACUCAGGAGCAGCUGGUGCACCAUAUAAAUAACGAUCAUAUUCAUGGAGAGAAGAAGGAGUUCGUGUGCCGGUGGCUGGAUUGCUCAAGAGAGCAGAAACCCUUCAAAGCCCAGUAUAUGUUGGUAGUGCACAUGAGAAGACACACGGGAGAGAAGCCUCAUAAAUGCACUUUUGAAGGUUGCACAAAGGCCUACUCAAGACUAGAAAACUUGAAAACGCACUUGAGAUCUCACACUGGAGAGAAGCCCUACGUCUGUGAGCACGAAGGUUGCAACAAGGCUUUCUCAAAUGCCUCUGACCGCGCCAAGCACCAAAACAGAACACAUUCCAACGAGAAACCGUAUGUGUGCAAAAUCCCAGGCUGCACGAAGCGCUACACAGACCCAAGCUCCCUCCGGAAACACGUGAAGACAGUGCACGGCCCAGAGGCCCAUGUCACCAAGAAGCAGCGUGGGGACAUCCAUCCUCGGCCCCCGCCACCACGAGAUUCUGGCAGCCAUUCACAGUCCAGGUCACCCGGCCGGCAGACUCAGGGAGCCCUUGGUGAGCAGAAGGACCUCAGCAACACUACCUCAAAGCGGGAAGAAUGCCUCCAAGUGAAAACUGUCAAGGCCGAGAAGCCCAUGCAGACAUCUCAGCCAAGCCCUGGUGGUCAGUCUUCAUGCAGCAGCCAACAGUCCCCCAUAAGCAACUAUUCCAACAGUGGGCUCGAGCUUCCUCUGACCGAUGCAGGUGGUGUAGGAGACCUUGGAGUCAUCGACGAAACCCCAAUCAUGGACUCGACCAUUUCCACUGCAACCACAGCCCUCGCUUUGCAAGCCAGGAGAAACCCGGCAGGGACCAAAUGGAUGGAGCAUGUAAAACUAGAAAGGCUCAAACAAGUGAAUGGAACGCUUCCGCGACUGAACCCCAUUCUACCCCCCAAAGCCCCUGCAGUCUCUCCUCUCAUAGGAAAUGGCACACAGCCCAGUACCAGCUGCAGUUUGGGUGGGCCCAUGACCCUUCUCCCGAACAGAAGCGACCUUUCUGGUGUGGACAUCACCAUGUUGAACAUGCUCAACAGGAGGGACAGCAGCACCAGUACCAUCAGCUCCGCCUACCUGAGCAGCCGCCGCUCCUCGGGCAUCUCUCCCUGCUUCUCCAGCCGGAGAUCCAGCGAGGCCUCGCAGGCCGACGGGCGGCCCCAGAACGUGAGCGUGGCCGACUCCUACGACCCCAUCUCCACCGACGCCUCGCGCCGGUCCAGCGAGGCCAGCCAGUGCGACGGGCUGCCCAGCCUGCUCAGCCUCACGCCCGCCCAGCAGUACCGCCUGAAGGCCAAGUACGCCGCCGCCACCGGCGGGCCACCGCCCACGCCGCUGCCCAACAUGGAGAGGAUGAGCCUGAAGACCAGGAUGGCCCUGCUUGGGGAGGGCAGGGAGCCCGCGGGGGGCCUGCCCCCCGUGCCGCCUCCGCGGAGGUGCAGCGAUGGGGGCGCCCACAGCUACGGCCGGCGCCCUCUGCUGCCCCAGGACGCGCUGGGCAACGGUGGGAGAAGAGCCAGCGACCCGGUGCGGACGGCCUCGGAGACCCUCUCCCUGCCCAGGGUGCAGCGCUUCAACAGCCUGAACAGCUUCAACCCUCCGGCUUUGCCUCCAUCCCUCGAAAAGCGCAACUUAGUGCUGCAGAAUUACACUCGGCCCGAGGGGGGCCCCUCCCGCCACUUCCACUUGUCCCCCUGUCCUCCGAGCAUUACCGAGAACGUCACCCUGGAGUCCCUGACCAUGGACGCCGAUGUGAACCUGAACGAUGAGGAUUUCUUGCCCGAUGACGUGGUGCAGUAUUUAAAUUCCCAGAACCAAGCAGGUUAUGAGCAACACUUCCAGAGCGCCAUGUCUGACGACAGCAAAGUGCCCCACGGGCCCGGCUUGGGGAGCGGGCACGGCGACUUUGACCCGCCCGGGCUGCCAGACAGCCAUGCCGGCCAGCAGUACCGCGCGCUGGAGCAGCCCUGCGCGGAGGCCAGCAAGUCCGACCUGCCCAUCCAGUGGAACGAGGUCAGCUCGGGCAGCGCCGACCUGUCGUCCUCCAAGCUCAAGUGUGGCCAGCGGGCCACGGUGCAGCAGGCUCGGGCCUUCGGGUUGUACACCACCGCGGGCGGCCACCCGCAGAACCCCCUGAGGAAUGGGGGCGGCCCAGCUGGGGGGUAUCAGGCCCUUGGGGAGCCUGGUGGCACCUACGGUGGCCCAGAGCACUUGGGGAGCCCCAGCGGCGCCUUCCAUGAACAGCCCUAUAAGGCCCAGCAGUACGGGAGCUGCCUCCCCAGGCAGCCCGGUGGCCCUGGCCUCCUGCUCGAUGGUGCCUGUGGUGCUGGGGUUCAAGCAACAAAGCUGAAGAGCACCACCAUGCGAGGGAGCGGGAGCCAGCCGGAAUUUGGCCUGUCGAUGGGGCCCAACGAGUCAGCUGGCAGCACAGUGGGUGGCAUGCCCACCCAAGACCCCAUGGGACAGGGGUACCUGGGUCCUCAGCUGCUCAGCGACAGCAUGCACCAGCAGGGGGCAGGCCGCCCCGGGCAGCAGAUGCUAGGGCAGCUUAGUGCUACCUCACACCUCAACGUCUAUCAAGGGCCAGAGAGCGGCCUGCCAGGGCCUCUCAGCAUCAGCAGCCAGGCCUCAAGCUUGGCAGCUGUCAGGGGCUACCAGCCAUGUGCCGGCUAUGGGGGCAGCAGGCGCCAGGCCGUGCCAAGGGGCAGCCUCGCUCUGCAGCAAGGACAGCUCAGUGACACGAGUCAGACCUGCAGGGUGAACGGCAUCAAGAUGGAGAUGCAAGGACAGCCCCAUCAGCUCUGUUCUAACGUGCAGAGUUACUCUGGUCAGUUCUAUGACCAAACCGUUGGCUUCAGUCAGCAGGACAUAAAAACUGGUUCAUUCUCCAUUUCAGAAGCCAACUGCCUGCUCCAGGGGGCCAGCGCCGAAAACUCUGAGUUACUUUCCCCAGGUGCUAACCAGGUGACAAGCACAGUUGACAGCCUCGACAGCCAUGACCUGGAAGGGGUGCAGAUUGAUUUCGACGCUAUCAUAGACGACGGGGACCACGCCAGCCUGAUGUCAGGAGCUCUGAGCCCCAGCAUCCUUCAGAACCUUUCCCAUAGCUCCUCCCGCCUCACGACACCGCGAGCGUCCCUCCCGUUGCCAGCGCUGUCUUUGAGCACCACCAACAUGGCCAUCGGGGACAUGAGCUCUUUGCUGACCUCCCUCGCGGAAGAGAACAAAUUCCUUGCAGUUAUGCAAUAGGCGUUAGGAAAAAGGACUGCCAAGAAACGUGAAACUUUAGGAGUUUAAAAGAUUAAAUGGACUCAAUUUUUGCUGGUUUGUUUUUUUUAGUUCUGUAUGUAUUUUAGCAUUCUCAUCUCACCUAACUGGGAUGUGUUUCAAGUAUAUUCCUUUUAUGGAAAAGGACUCUGAAAAGCCCUAAAGUAUUCUAGGGAGAAACUGUCUUCCAUUUCAGUUUUGAAUCAGUAUUGUUUCACUCGAACCACCCUCUUUUUUUUUUUUUUUAAACUGUAAGCCCGCCCCCCACUUUUUAGUAAACCAGUGUAAAUGUGUGAGUGCAUGUUCUUCUUUCUUUUCGAAGAGAGGUCAGACUAAAGGAUUGGACAUGUUCCUCUGUCACUCAAAGGAAGUAGGAGUUGGUGUGCUUUUGACCAAGGGGUUACGCUUCCAGUUUUUGAAUCUUCCUUUACAUAUGCUCAACGUUUGUUUUUGGUUUGUGGUUUUUUUAAUUCCCACAUUGGACGCAAGGAUCAGAACGUGGAUAGUGAGUUGAAGAAUCUUUUGCGAGUGCAGUGUAGCACAGAUAACAGAUGUUGGACAUGCUCCCCACCCCAAAUUCAGUUCAGAGCAUACUUUCAACAGUUGCGCACAGUGGAAAUUUGGGGCUCUUGCAAGUGAACUCGUUUGCUCCCAGUUUGGGUUUAAAAUUCUUCCUGUCCAUAGGUGUGCUCUCCGUGGGUGUGUCUAUAUGGUCAGUCCUUAGUUAUCUCCUCUGCCCAUCUCCCUCUGUCUUAAUGAAUGUUCAGUGCUGUUCAGCGCUCCGGGGAGAGAGGGGAGGGCACUGUGACACUCAGACACGUUGUUACUUUCAUCUCUUCUGAUAAGAAGUGCGGUAGAUUGUAGGUUGAAGCUAUAGGGUAGAAGUAGCUUGGGGAAUAGGUGUGAGUUUGCUGUAUUUGUUGAUGCAUUCCAUCUCUUCCCCCAUUAUCAUUGAUAACUGAGAAUUGAUUAUAUAUAUAGUUCUAAGUAUAUCGGUACUUAACCCCACAGCCAGCUAUGUCGUUAACAUUCUACUAGAGUGAAGGGGUAUUUCUAUUCGAAGUGCCCUAUUGUAGGGGAUUUAUAAAACUUAGUUGGAAAAGAAAAAGCUCACAUACAGUGAUAUUGGGAAUAAAUUGCUUCAACCGCUUUUAGCGUUUGAGAGCACUUGGGAGCGUGUUGGUAGCUGUGUGGAUGCCUCUUUUUACAGCCUAUCUAUGAAAUGCUGCAUCCUUUUAAGAAGUGAAAUGUUCUAUGCAGUUUUUAGUCCUUAAUGUGGACUUCAUCUGGACUUUUGUUUUGGGUUAAAACAUUUAAAAAUUUGAGAAGGACAGCUACUCCCAUGUGCAUUGAUACACAUAAAAGACAUACUGUGUGUGCACAGAGUACGUGGAUUGUCCAGCAUUUUACUUUUAAACGUGUAAACUAUUAAAAUAAAAUAUUAACACCCCAGACUACCUGCUGUAUUCUGUCCCCUUGACCCUGGCAUUGGACUUAUCCAGAGUGAUUCAUGAGUCGGUUGUUUGACUUUUUCCCUUUAUUCCUGCCACUUAAACUAGUAUUAGAAAGACAAAAUCAAGUAAAAUAAAAUAUUAGAUAAUAGAAAGAAUGUUAGGACCAGCCCAGUUUUCUCAUGUUUAUUUGCUCUCAUUUGGACCAAGAAUCUCAGUGGGGAGGUUGACAUGCCCUUUAGGACUUUGUGGCCAAGAAAGUCAGGUUUGCUUUCAAUUCGGUGUUCCUGAGAUCAGCAGGGGACGCUGAGGUUUCUCCUGCCCUCCUCCCACAGGCGGCACCUUCCUUUAGAUCCAAGGAUGCGUCCGCCUUGGAACAGAACCCAAAAGCAAAAGACAAGUGAUCUGAGCUCAGUAGAGUGGCGUCUCUACCACUUUUCAAUGGAAAAAGCAAGGCUUUUUCUGUGUUCCUCAAACAGGUCAUCAUCUAGUCACAGAACCAGUGAUCCCUUCCCUGAACCUCCUUUGUUCCUGAACCUCAAAAUCGCCAGGUCCUGGACUCAGCUUGCCAGCUCUUGUGGUUUGGCCCAGUCCGGGUCCUCUGCCUGAGUCCUUUCCCCAGCAGUACUCCUAGACGUGACCCGCAUUUCUCAGUUACCUUAGUUUCCCUUCUCAUCUUGGCCCUACAUGGAAGGAUGGGCAGCGACUGGGAUGAGCACUGUUGUCAUCUUGUGCCUCCGCUCUUUCAGGUCAUUUUCUGGGUUGCCUCCUUUCUCUACUUUUUCUUUUCGUACUUGUUUUCCUUACUACUGCCUUUAGAUUUGCAGGAGACAUACUUCAGCUCACUAUGUAGCUUCUCUCAACAUGGAAAUCUCAGAAGGGUGGAGGAGAGAAGGGACGGAAGAGGAAAGGGUACUUUUCCAGGAGUUCAGUGAUCUGUCAUGACAGUCAGUGGAAGGAAGAUCUCUUGGGGCCACUCUGAAGUGUCCUGUCUGUAGACUUGGCAUCUCCCGUGGUGGGACACACCCCCAGCCUCCACCCUUCUCUCCACUUCUCUGACCCGUGCAUUUAGCGAGAUGGUGCCACUCACUGGUGUCACGUCCUCGUCUUUAAUACAGGCUCAUACGUGGUACUGCUGUUUAACAUCUGUGUUAAAUGUGUUUUUAUUUGUCAAACCAUUUUGUUUUAUUUUCUGAAAACUAAUUGGACUGCCCCUGUUCCUCACACAGUGGCUCCUUCUCUUGAGCCACAGAGUUUUGAUUCUUGCGAUGUAUGUGCCUUAUUUUAUGUUAAUCUUGUCGAUGCGAGGGACCAGUUGGUGUUGCCCAAUCAGAGCUCGAGGCUGCACGCUCCCCGGCCAAGAGCACGUGAUUGUCGCAGAGUCUGAGCUGUCUUGUAACCUGGUUUCCCAUGUUGUUUUGAACUGAUAGGAGGAUGUUCUCUUCUGACAAGUUACUGUUGUGUAUCCUGCAAACGUGUAAGAUAAAAAUACAAGUUCAUUUUUUUCACCUUUUUUAGAUUUUUAAAAAAUAAAACGUGUAAUCCUUUUUUAAAAGAAACACAUGUAAAUACAUUUAAGUAUUGUAGGCAUAGUGUUCGGACGUGGCCGGCCCCGGGCCUUCCUCGGAUGAGCCUCCAGCCCGAGCGAUGCCCCCGCGCCCACCUCAAGCCCGGGGCUGCAGCCCCGCCACAGAUGGACUCGACUUUGCUUUCAGAACCACUUAGUCCUUUUGUAACAAAGAGAAAGAACGAUGUUUCUUACAAUGUCAAUAAAAAACUCUUUGUACUGAA